AUGACUGAUUUGUCGUUAUUCGAUCCCGUAGUUCUAGAGCAUAUUAAUUGUUCUGAGCUAGUUGAGAAGUAUUUGAAGGACAAAGUUGCUCAAACUUCAGAAGUUUCCGUUAAAAUACGUCCGUUGUUAUCAUCUGAUUAUGAUUAUGUCAGUUUACUGAAGCAGUUAACUGUAGUUGGUAAGAUAGAGAGAAGACAGUUUGAUGAGAGGUUCCUUCAGAUGGCAUCUUGCCCUGAUACAUACUUCAUUGUGGUUCUAGUGAAUGAAACAACUGGAAGUAUCAUUGGAGCUGCAACUCUUUUUCUUGAGUUGAAGUUUAUUCACUGUUGUUCAAAAAGGGGACACAUUGAAGAUGUUGUGGUUGACUCCAGAUUUCGUGGAAUGAAUCUAGGGAAACUGCUUAUCGAUAUCCUUAUUCGUAUAGGAAAACACAUGGGCUGUUAUAAAAUCUCUCUCGACUGCAGUGAUGAUAAAGUCGGAUUUUAUGAGAAACUUGGCUUUCAGUCUAAAAAUAAUAUUAUGUAUCUACGAUUCGAUGAGAAUUGA